GCUUAAGCAUAUUAUCCCAGAGCCUCAGCUAUCAAAAAGACAGCUCCUGUCGUUCCCAGCCAUGGUUGAGAAUGGUGGUUUCAUCCCUUUGGGAGCGCAGCAGACCAAAUUCAAAUUCAAGGAUGGUGUGCAUCCCUUGGGUACCUCCAGCUGUCAGGCCGGAGCUCGCGUGACCAUGUCGUGGAACCAGGCCAUGCUGGCGCAGGCCCAAGGCUGGGGCCACAUGGAGAUAGGCCGCCGUCCCCACCAUGCGCGACCGCAUCUACUGGGCACGCGGCCACCGGCUGAAACAAAGAGGGAAGCAAAGGAAAACAAACAACAUGUACAAGCCCUCCAUCAGCAGACCAGUUCACACCAGAUCUCCCCAUCGCCCCUGCACUCCCUGGACUUCCCACUGCUACCCCGACACCAUGCCUCAACAUCAGCUGUGGGUGCGGGCAGGACACGGGAUGUCCUGGCCGAGAUUUUGGACUUUUGGUCUUCACUGCAGCGAGACUUGAAAGAUGUUUGGAGGAAGCACAGCUGGAUGCAACUGACGCCUGAGGCAGCGUUUGCAGGUGAGCUGGGCCGGUGGGGCGCGGCCAACGGCAAGCCCCAUGGCGUGGGAUGUUUGACUCUGGCAGAGACUCAGCAUCUGGGUUCCUUCCGUGAAGGGCGCGCGGAAGGUCAAGGGAUAUGUUUCAGUAGCUGCGGCAAGGUGUGCUUCGGGAAAUGGAAGUGCAAUGCCAGGGUGGGCGAUUUCAUCCUCUUAGAUGCGCAAGGAAUCUCGACGUGGCGCUGCUGCACUAGCCUUCCUCGUGUUGCCCGGCGAUAUGACUUGGGCGUGUGGAACCUCUUCAGCGUGUCGCAGAAUCAGCUCCGCCUCGCACGGCUGCGCUCGGAUUUGGGGUAUCAUCGAGGCUGGGGCAAGAUUGGAAGGGCCUUAUUGAGGAUGACCACCUUCAGUGAUCCAAGGUUGGCGCUACAGCUGACGCUGCAGCGUUGGCGGAGCUCUGUGGUGCAGAAGGAGGCCGAACGACUUCGCUUGGAGCGGCUUCAACAGGUCUUUAAAGCUUGGUUUGAAGUCUUGGUCAUGGUGAAGUACAACAACGCCAUGGACCAACUGGAACGGACCAGCGAGAAACUGCAGACGGCUAAGGCGAAGUGCUUGGAGGCCGAGACUCGGACAGAGAAGAUGAAGGGACGCCUCCAAGAGCUCAUCUGGAUGGAUUGGGAUCUCUGGUGCAGCUGGGUGCUCUUCGCAUGGCAAUGGGCCGUAAGGCUCUGCCGUUCCACCAAGGACUUUGCGCUGCAGGCGCGUCUGCGGCGUGCCGAGCAGACCUUGAAACUCAGCGAUUCUUUCGGCCAGGGCUCGGCAGACCUGAAGCCCACUUUCCAGGCAUGGAGUAGCCUUGUGAAACGCGACAGGAAGAGAAAGAUCAUGGCGGCCCGAUGGAUGUAUGGUGUGGGCACCGAUACCUUAGAAGAGGUUUUUCGUGCCUGGCGUGGGGUGAAAUACGCUGAGUUCGAGCGUGUCUCGCAGCUGCUUCGACGCAAAGAGCAGGACUUCCAAGAGUUACAAAGCUUGUCUUCCCACCUCUACACCUUCUCGCAGCAGAGCUGCGGCCGGGCGCAGCGCAUGGAGUCCGCGCUGCUGGCGGCGGAGAGGGCCAUGGAACUGAGCGCCACACGCGGAAAUGACUUGGAGCGGCAGGUGGUGGAGUUGCAAGGACGUUUGCAGCAGCACCAGGACGCUGAGGAUUUACAGCGCCACCAGUAUGAAUUCCAAGUGACUCGGAGGUGGGACGCCGAGCUGGUGGCGCAGCAGGGCAAAAGGCAGCUGUUGCUCGCCGAGCUGUCGGCCAGUGAAGAUCAACAGGUGCACCUUCAUCAGCAGAUGGGACAUCUUCGUGCAGAGUCGGAGCAACUGUUGCGCGUUCAACUGGAAGAACUUUCGGUGGAGGCUGAUGCGCUGCGCAGUUUGAACCGAGAACACGCUGAACUCUGCGAAGAAGCAGAAGCCCGUGGCCGUGAAGAAGAGCAGCAGGCCCUUCAAGAUCAGCAGCUCUUGGCGGGCUUUCGCGAGCGGCAACGGCUGGCGCUCGAGAAGGUGAGACGUUCAAAAGCUCAAAGUUCCGUUUUGAGGCAGCAGCUGGGCCUCACCGAGCCCAGUGUGGCGGAGCUGCAGGUCCAGCAGGUCCAGCAGGUCCAGCAGGUCCAGCAGGUGCCUGUAGAGUCGGCGCCGGAGGUGCCUGUAGAGUCGGCGCCGGAGGAUCCACCUUCCGAAGGUUGUCUUGAAGCUGACGAGGAGGACAGCGGUUACACGCGGGAGGAGUGGAUGGAUUUCUUUUCGGAGGAGGGCUUGAGUGCGGAUGAAUUGGAUGCCUUGGAAGUGGUCUUCGAUCACCUGAACAUUUCGGGGGAUAUCUUGGUGGAUCACUUAAAGGAUGCCGUGACGGAUCAGUCCAUAGCUCUGACCUCGGAGAUACGGCAGAGUUGCCUGGAAAAAUGCGGCGCUGUUGCGGGUCCAUCGGAAUGGGACGAAGAACUGGCGGCAUGGAGGCUCUUCCACAAUCUUGAUCAAUCUUGUGCCAGCUCAUGGAUUCGCUUGGGAGUGGCUGAGCGAAAAGCCCCGGCCGAAGGCCGUUUGGGACGGCUAUCUUUCAGAGAAAGGAUGCUGAAGAUGGUUGCAGAUCAGCAGGCCCAGUUUUUCAAUGCAGACAUUGGUGAUGGCUCGACCGUGGAUGAGCAAGCACCCAGACGACGACGACAGUUGCCGAAGUGUUUGAAAGAUCAACUCAAGGAUGAACAGAACGAUGAUGAGAAGAAGAAUCGAAGGCAGCAUCCAUGA